ACCUGUGCUGGCCUCCAUGCUGGUAGGAAGGCCUGUCACUGUUUUACGCGGCUGGAAAGUGUUAUGGCAGGAGGGGAAUGAAGCCACAGGGAAAGGGCGGCGACAGAGAGGAGGGAGAGCAGUGAGAGCACCAAGAGGGAGGCCUAUUGAAGCUCUCCCAGGCCUAAAAUACGACGAGUUCUCCCGUUGUUAGUUUUGCUGUUUGUCUGUCGGUCUGUUUCCCCUCGUCCGGACACUCUACAAGCCUCCCCAGGCAGAAUGUCGGGUCAGCGCGGGGGCGUGGGGGGUGGGGGCAGCGGGGGGGGCGGUGGGUCCAGCGGGAACAACAGCAGCUCCGGCAGCAACCCGCACGGCCUGAAGCAGAUUGACCUCGACCAGAUCUGGGGUGACCUGCGGCAAGGGAUUGAGCAGGUGUACAACAGCCAGGAGAUGUCUCGGCCGCGCUACAUGCAGCUCUACACACACGUCUAUAACUACUGCACCUCGGUCCACCAGCAGUCCACCAAGGCGGGCAGCAGUGGUAGUGGUCCGAGGGCCAAGAAGAGCACAGCGGCGGGCGGUGGUGCCCAGUUUGUUGGCCUGGAGCUGUAUAAACGCUUGAAAGACUUCCUCAAGAACUACCUUCUCACGCUUAUGAAGGAUGGUGUGGACCUGAUGGAUGAGGAGGUGCUCAGAUUCUACACCAGACAAUGGGAGGAGUACCAGUUCUCCAGCAAGGUGUUGAACGGAGUGUGUGCCUACCUGAACCGCCACUGGGUGAAGAGGGAGUGUGACGAGGGGCACAAGGGUAUCUACGAGAUCUACCAGCUGGCCCUCGUCACCUGGCGGGACCACCUCUUCCAGCCUCUAAACAAACAGGUGACCAACGCAGUAUUAAAGUUGAUUGAGAGGGAGAGGAACGGAGAGACGAUCAACACGCGACUGGUCUCAGGCGUCAUGAACUGUUACGUGGAGCUGGGCCUGAACGAAGAUGAGCCCAGCGCCAGGGGUCAGAACUUGUCCGUGUACCGCGAGUCCUUUGAAAACACCUUCCUGGAGGACACGGAGAGGUUCUACACUAGAGAGAGCACCGAGUUUCUCCGCAACAACCCUGUCACGGAGUAUAUGAAGAAGGCGGAGACGAGACUGCUAGAGGAACAGCGUCGCGUCCAAGUCUACCUCCACGAGACCACGCUGGAGAAGCUCGGAAAGACGUGUGAGAAAGUCCUGAUUGAGAAGCACCUUGAGAUCUUCCAUAACGAGUUCCAGCACCUGCUCAAUGACGACAAGAAUGAAGACCUCGCCCGCAUGUACCAGCUGGUGUCAAGGAUACCCGACGGCCUCCGAGAGCUGAGGACGCUCCUGGAACAACACAUAACCAACCAGGGUCUUGCUGCCAUAGACCGAUGUGGCGACUCGGCGAUUAAUGUGAGUGAGGACCCCAAGGUAUACGUACAGACCAUUCUCGAGGUGCACCGGAAAUAUAACUCCCUCGUGCUCACCGCCUUCAAUAACGACACGGGCUUCGUCGCGGCGCUGGACAAGGCAUGCGGGCGAUUUAUCAACAACAACAGCGUCACCAAGCACCCCAACUCCUCCUCCAAGUCCCCUGAGCUCCUGGCCAAGUACUGUGAUCUACUGCUUAAGAAGUCGUCCAAGAACCCGGAGGAGGCGGAGCUGGAGGACACGCUGAACCAGGUGAUGAUCGUGUUUAAGUACAUCGAGGACAAGGACGUGUUCCAGAAGUUCUACAGCAAGAUGUUGGCCAAGCGUCUGGUGCAGCACAUGUCCGCCAGUGACGACGCCGAGGCCUCCAUGAUCUCCAAGCUCAAACAGGCGUGUGGCUUUGAGUACACCUCCAAACUCCAGCGCAUGUUCCAGGACAUCGGCGUUUCCAAGGACCUCAAUGACCAGUUCCGGAAGCACCUCGCCGGAAGCAAUGAGCCCCUGGACCUGGACUUUGCCAUCCAGGUGCUGUCAUCUGGGUCCUGGCCCUUCCAACAGUCCCAGACCUUCACCCUCCCACAUGAGCUGGAGCGCAGUGUGUCGCGGUUCACUGGUUUCUACUCCGGCCAGCACAGCGGACGCAAACUCAACUGGCUCUUCCAUCUGUCCAAAGGGGAGAUCGUAACCAAUUGCUUCAAGAACAGGUAUACGCUCCAGGCCUCCACCUUCCAAAUGGCUGUCCUGCUUCAGUUCAACAACGCCGUGUCUUGGAGCGUCAGCCACUUGCAGGAAAUGACUGGAAUCUCUCAAGAAAUCCUCCUCCAAGUGGUUCAGAUUCUCCUCAAGUGCAAGCUGCUGAUCUCCGAGGAUGACGAGGACGUGUCGCUGGACUCGAGGGUCAACCUGUUCGUCGGCUACAAGAACAAGAAGCUCCGAGUCAACAUCAACGUGCCCAUGAAGACGGAGAUGAAGAUUGAACAGGAGCUGACUCACAAGCACAUAGAGGAGGACCGCAAGCUGCUGAUCCAGGCGGCAAUUGUGAGAAUAAUGAAGAUGAGGAAGGUCUGCAAACACCAACAGCUCCUCAUGGAAGUCCUCAACCAACUCACGCCCAGAUUCAAGCCCCGGGUGCCCACUAUCAAGAGAUGCAUCGACAUCCUCAUUGAGAAGGAAUACCUCGAGAGAAUAGAUGGUCAGAAGGACACAUACAGCUACCUGGCAUAAGGGAAGGUAGCGCCGAAGAGGGUAUAGAAGAAACUGAAGCGGGACUAUCAGGGCGAGAGCUUAGCACAGUAGUAGCUUGUGUGACUGUGCGACGUAGCGAAACAAACACACAGACACACACACAAGCCUUGCUGUAGCUGACGGGGGGUUGAGGGGUGGGUAGGGUGGGGUCAUGUGAGGGGGUAAGCCAAGGUCGAACGUUCCAAGCGCGUCCAUACGUCCUAAAAUGCUUGUAACGGCUCACUUCGAACGGCAUAGAGAGGGCGUCCAAGGGUUAGGUUACUGGUGGCGUACUUCGGGGGCAUAUUUACCUAUUUUUUUCCCCUUGUUACCUCCCCGAUUUCAAGUUAUUGGGUCAUAAUGUUUUUUUUUUAUCUCCUCCCUUCCCUCCCCCGCCACGAAAAAAAUUAGUGAGGUUUCCGGAGGGUCGAGGAAGGCUUACACAUGGAUAUUAUUACGAGGCUGCGUUUGUACUUUCGUCCAUCAGGUGUGGUCGUGCUUGUGUGGCCGGCGGGUGUUGGUUGGUUGGUUGGUUCUUGGGUUGUCUCUCUUUAUCUCUCUCUCUCUUGUCCGUCUCGUGUGUCGUCGAUAGGGAAGGAAGUGAGUGUGGCGUCUCCGAGUGUGUCAUUCAGGUCGUGUGCAGAGUUACAUUUUAUCAUCACCGUUUGUGUCACCCCACAUCAGACGAUUUCACUCGGUUCUUUUUAGUUGUCAAAUUUUCACGUUAUUCCACUUUCCGUCUGGUUGUGUGACGUUUUAUCCUACUCCUCAACAUCAAAGCAUUUUAUAAGAAUCAAGUCUUUCAUUCCCAGCUCGGGAAGCGCGUAAGAUCCACUCAGAUGGCAUUGUAGGGGUGAUGUCUGUCUGUCUGUCUCUGUCUGCUGGGAGGGUGACGGGAGGCUGCUGGCCAAGACUCCUGAGGCAGAGAGAAUAGGUUAUGUGAUUAUUUUUGCAACCAACACCGUGUGGAUGAGUCUGGAGGGACCUGUAGUGUGCAGUCCCGUCUCUAUGUAUAGCCCCAUGCAUACACACACUAGUGUAUAAAUGCUCAUGCUGUGAUCUGAAUAUUAAGGUGGUCAGUCCAGGUCUGCCAGUGGUCCAGAGGAAGGUCCCGUGGUCAUCAAGGAGGCGGCGGUUCAGGGAGUUCUUGGGUUGCUUUCAGUCGCGUCAUCGCUAGCGAGUUAAAGGAACAUGAUUUCUGGUCUCCCGUAUAUCAUGCCAGGCCUUAAGACAGAUGUAAAUACUACAGUAAUAAUUUUUUUAUAAUUCACAAAAAUUACUGAUUAUAUAUAUAUAUUACAUGUGUAUGGUAUUAAUCCUAUUUUUUGACGAUGUUAACGUAAUUCGUACGACAAUUACAUUCUAAAUGUUGACCACUGCAGGGAAACGUCAAAAUUGUCUGAGCAAAAGCCAGUUGCAGGUUCAUCAAAUAAGCCAGAAGUUACUACUACAGUAAUUCAUCCUCCAGUUGUUAAGUCUACAAGUUAAGUAAGAAGCUUCUCAUUAAAAUUGACACUUGUG